AUGAGGUGGAUGCUGCUUGCCCAAAUUGCCAAGAAGAACGCGUCCAACCAGGUACCCAUCAAAAGUGUAGCCAAUGGUACUAGCAGCUGCUACGACUGUAGAAGAAGCUACUCCCUCUUUAGGAACAAACUUUGGACCCCAAGUGAGGACAUAAUUUAUCGGAAAAACCUCGACGUCAUUUGCCAAAGCAAUGUGUUCUUCUACACCGUCCUGAAUGUAGAUCGGUACAGUCACUUCCUGCCCUACGUCACGAAAAGCAAAAUAACGGACAAGGCGGAGGAGCACUUCAGGGCCUUCCUCCAAAUAGAAAACCUUCUUUUCAAAGAAUCGUACGACUCCGUUAUUCGGUUUAAGGUUCCUACCACUGUCAAGGUCUCCAGCGCAGACACGAACCUGUUUAACCACUUGACCACUGAAUGGAUCAUUGAAGAAAAAACCGGUUGUAUCAACGUCGACUUUUACAUAAGCUUUCGGCUAAAGAACAUGGUUUAUCAGAACUUCAUGCGGAUGUACAUACAAGAGAUGGGGAAGAAGAUACUCUAUGCCUUCAUUCGGGAGGCGCGCAUGAACAGCCUGAGAAAUGUCGACGUGCUCUUCCGUCACUUGCUCCAGCGGUGA